AGGCGGCAAAAGCGACGCGCGCUUUGCUCCUACAGCAGCAUUCGUGCAUUUCCAUUAAGUGAUUUCGGUACAAAAUAACCGAUCGCUGCACGCGCACCUACCGGAGCGCUCCGCACAGCUCUAAAUUCAAAUAAGCUCCGCCUGCACGCCGUCGGUCGCGCGCGUGAUACUCAGCUAAGUACGCUCGCCUGCACGCCGUCGCCGCGCGCCACAAACAAACUCACAGCAGCAUGAGCGGCAUCCUCUCCACCCUCGCCAACUGCCUGCCGAGCCGCGAGAAGCCCUACUGCGGCGGGCCCUCAGUCCGCAUCGGUGUCUUAGGAGGCGGCCAAUUGGGCCGGAUGAUGAUCCAGGACGCAAUCGACCUCGACGCGCGCGUGGAAGUCAUGGAUCCGUCAGCGGACGCGCCCUGCGCCCACCUGACGCAGCGCUUCGUCCAGGGCAACUUGCUCGACGCGAAGGCCGUGGAGGCUUUUGGUACUGGUUUAGAUUGUAUCACGAUCGAGAUCGAAGGCGUGAGCGUCCCGGGCCUGGAAGCUCUGGAAAGGAAGGGUGUGAGAGUGGUGCCAAAACCAGCACACAUCGCCCUCAUCCAGGACAAGGGCUUGCAAAAGCAGUUCUUCCAGAAGCACAACAUCGCUACUGCUCCGUUCGCCCUCCAGAUGGCAAAUGGUGAUCGAAGCGCAUUAGGCUACCCCGUCGUCCAGAAAUUAAGAAGGGGCGGCUACGACGGCAAGGGCGUCGCGGUCCUCAAAGACGCGUCUUCUUCCCACUUCGAAGGCAAAGACGCGCAUUGCGUCCUCGAGAAGAAGAUUGACAUCGAGAAGGAGUUAUCGGUAGUAGUAUGUCGAAGAUCUGCGUACGACACGAAGUGCUACGAGCCGACGGAGUGCGUGUUCGAUCCUCGCGGGAACGUGGUUCAGCUCAUCGUGAGUCCGGCGUCGAUAACUCCCGAACAAAAAGCUACCUGCAACGCCCUCGCGAAGCAAGUAGUGGAUGCGAUGGACUACAUUGGCAUUCUGGCCGUGGAGAUGUUCUUGGAGAAGGGCACUGGUAAAAUUAUGGUCAACGAAUUAGCCCCUCGGGCACACAACUCGGGCCACCACACGAUCGAGCAGUGCGCGACGUCCCAAUUUGGGCAGUUGCUGCGGGUUGUCUUGGAUUUGCCGCUCGGUGACGUCUCCCCAACACGGGCGAAGGCUGCCGCGAUGGUCAAUAUCCUCGGGUCGCCCAGUGUCGCCAAGGGCUCCAAACCGCUAUACCGAGGCUUGCGGGAAGCCCUGGGCAAGCCCGGCGUCUACCCCCACCUCUACGGCAAGUCGACGGUCUCGCCCUUCCGGAAGAUGGGUCACAUUACGAUGGUCGGGGACGAUCGGGAUGAAGUUGUGGAAUUGGCGAAGGAGGUGCUGGCUUCCGUGGCCUGCGAGGCGGCGCCCUAGGUGAUGCGCGUUAACUUCUCUUACUUUU